GCUUCACCAGAUGGAAAACCCUCAGAAGACAUCGAGAUCCGCAUCCACGACCUGACAGCUGUUGUGUCUUUGGGUCGGCCGAUGCAGGAGCUGAUCCCAGAGCGAUACCUGCACGAAGCAGACCGGACCUCCGUCCUCGAGCGACUUCCCUGGAUGUUCCGCCGCGGUCUUGAAGACGCAACCGACGUCGAUGUCGACCGGUGGUCGCCCAUUGACGUCCGCUACCGGGGCGUCUACAGAUCUCUCUCCAAGGCGCCCCCGUUCCCUCACGGCCUCUACGACAACGCAGACUCCAUCGAACUGAUCCGCGAGUGUCUGGAUUCGGCUCCGGCAUAUGCGCAGCGACAGGCGGCGUACGCUCUGUUCGAGGAGAUCCUCAGGAUGCUGUGCAUCAAGCGGAGGACUUAUUCCGAGAAAGACUACUUUCACCUUCGACCCAGACUCCUUACACGUCCAAUGGAGUACAUGACUGGCCGGUACAGAACACACCAUGAUGGCCCUGACCCUGCGGGAGCGCUGUGUCUUGAUUUCUUCCCUUCCCUGCACACAGUCCCCUCUGUCGUUCCUGUUUCUAUAACCACCGACGCAGAACCUCUCGAGUCCGCCCUUACGGAAAAAAUCAAGCUGAUCCUCGGCCAACUGAAUCUACAGGCUCGCAUCCUGCGCGCCCCCGGCGACAAGAUCCCCGACCAGGAAGUCUUCGUGCUGGCCUUCCACGGCUCGAGACUGCACAUCCUGCAUGCCGAGUUUCCAGGAGACCAGAUCUCGACAGUCUGGUGUGAGCGUGGCCGAAGCAGACUGCGAGAUAAACCCGAAGCUACUCUAGGUACAGAUACGAAGGCCGGGCGAGAUGCGAAAGCUUUCCACGUAAAAGUAUCAAACGAGUAUAACCUCUGGAUGAAAGCAGAUUACCUGAAGACCAUCCGCGCCGUUGCCGGCCUAGUCAUCUAUCUGAUGAGCGGGACCUCGCGCUGCGGCGUCAUGCAGACUGCCUUCCAUCUGUGGCCGUACCAUCCUCGACCCGACAGGGAUGAAGAGGCGUACGCGCUCCGCAGGGAACAGGCUCUACACGAACAGCUCUGGUUCGACGAGGAAGAGGUCCGGAUCGAGCGCCGCGAGCGUCUGAAACAGCUUGAGCAUGAAUUGUGCGAUCAGCUGCGUGACUCGAUGCGGUACACUGCUGCGGAUCGCAUUGGGGGGAUCAACGAGCGGUCUAGACCGUGGUGGAAUUGGGUAUGGAGUGAU